AUGACGCAGCCUGGUCGCGAAGGUAUGGCGCGAGACAAGGUAGGUGUUAAAAAACCACGUAGCGGCACGAACAAUGGAGACGUCACGGAGGUGGCGGCCUCUGCGCGCGCACCGCACGCAAACGCCGUCACAAGGGCCACUCGAAGUAGUACCCGCACGCAGCAAGGAUCUGCGAAUCAAGAAUCCGCAAGCGCCGCUAAGAAGCUCGACCUGCCCAAGUACAAGACGAAAGUUAAAGUGAAUACGGUGGACCCCGAACCAGAUGAUGUCGUUGCCCGCGUCGCCAGAAAGAGUAAGGAUGUCUCUUUCACAUCCAUGUCUUUGAACAACCGCGCCGGACAGUCGUGCAUCGUCACCGCCAGAGAUCUUGUGACCAUCGCAGAUGGUCAGUGCCUCACCGAUGCGAUAAUCGACUUUCACAACAUAUUGUUGAGCAUCGAACAUCCACGGACCCCUAAUGGCAAGACAUGGGCGGUUAUGGACAGCAUGGCAUAUCAGUACGCCACGGGUUACAACAAGCCGUUCCAGCACGGCAAGGGGGAAAGUCUGCUCGCCGUCGACUUUCUGGCCAUACCGGUUUUCAAGGGAAACCACUACUCGCUCAUCAUCGUGUGCGAGACGGCGAAGUUGUUCCGCAAGGACGGGGAGGGUGAUGGGGACAAGCUGCAGAUGGUCCUGUUCGACAGCGAGGGCACACAUGCCGGGGAUCCUACCGUCUUUGAUGGCGCGAAGCUCCCAUGCACUGACACACAUGCCCACUCUUCCAUGCAGGCGCACCAGCUCAUCAGGCAGGACAACCUGGUUGACUGUGGCGUAUUCUUGUGCCACUACUUGCGCGGACUCGUAGAGUCAGACUUCUCAACGGUGCUGAAGUAUCUGUAUUUGGACGGAGUGAGCGGUGGCCAGUACCGCCGGCGCAUGCGUGCGGAUCUGAGCGCGCAUGCAGCUUGUGAGCUCGUACCUGCGCUGACCACACCGGGGAAGAUCGUUCCACCGCAGUAUGCACCUCGGACAUCGGAAAUCGGCGCUGUGAGGGCGUCGGACGAGGUGGACAUGAGGAGCCGUCUCGCUCAGUACCAGGUCGAGGUGUACGGACUACGGAGGGAACUUGUCAUCUGGGGCGCGGCAGUGACCGCGCUCGGGAACGCCAUGGGGUACAGCAGAGAUCAGAUGCUCGCAGCUGCCGCGUACGUGGUGAAGACGGACGGAGGGGCUUAUCGGAGCAUUGAACCCGGGGGAUCACCCUCUACGCCGCCUCACCUGCCUACUGAGCGGACCGGUGGCCCCCUCCCCGCCGAACCCUGUGGCGCGCAAUCGUGUGCGAAGGGUGGGUUUGUGGCACACACGGAAUUGGGCGUAAUCCAUCAGCACCCCCGGCCCCUUCCUCCCUUAUCGCGUGCGUCUCCGGCCCAUGACAGUCCUGGUGGCCCGAAGACCCCUACCAACGGGAACGGUGAAGUCGGCCCGGGUGUACGUGCGACGACAGAGGUCUUGCUAGACAUGCCUGCUGCGAAAAGGGGGGAGAAGCGACCACGUGUCGAUGGCGGAAGCUUGGCAGCGGAAGGUACAACAGCCGCUGGUGGUGGGGGGGGAAGUGGUGGGUCCUCACAGUACACCGGGGUGCGGCGAGAGAAGAAGAGGGGGACAUGGAGCGCGAAGAUAUUGGUGAGGGAGCCUGGUAAGGCCAGGCGGACGCAGAUGCGGUUGGGGUCAUACACACAGGAGCCAGAGGCAGCUUACGCUUACGCCGCAGCUGCUCAUGUGUUAAGGCCUGGCGUCGUCAUUCCACGCACGAUCCAGUUGACACCAACGGAACAGAGCCUUCUGGCAGGAUGCUCCAAAAAGGUCAUCAAGCUCCUGGUCAAGAGCCGGAUGUGGUUCCGCUGGAGAGAGUGGGAGCAGGCGGUGCUGGACUGCCAUGGUAACAUGGAUAUUCCUGAGACCGAGACCCCAACCGGGUCUGCAGAGGGAGGGGGUGGGGACGAGGUGGAGGAGGAGGGGGGGCAGGACGCUGAUGUCGGCACGGACGAUGGGCAGGCGGAUACUGAACCUGUCAAACAUACUGCUGCUGUUGGAGUUUAUGGUCUUGAGAGUGAUGCACAGAAUGGAGUUCCAGGGGAGGAAGGAGUACCAGGGGAGGACGAUCUGGUAGGGACCCAAUUUGGAGAGUUUGACCCGGCUAGCCUGGGCUUAAUUCGGGCUACACUAAGCGAACACCAACCGCUGGUGUAUACCUUUGGGUUUGAGAGCAUGUUGGACCAUUCGGCGGGAGGAGUUCACGGGAGUUCAAACAUGGAGACCUCGGACGCGUCGAUCGAGCCCCAGUCCCCUUCCAGGUCACAGAGGGUGUCCAAGCCUCCGUCGUACCUCCGCAACGCAUACCAGCUGACUCAGAAGCGACAGCGCGGGAGGAAAGCGGAGCGAUCGGUUGCAGUGCCAGCCAAGCGCGCCAGGGUGACGAAGGCGAAGGGGGUUCCUCUGAAUGCUACAGCAUCCGCUGCGCCAGAGACUUCAGUGGCGGAGGCACCUCAGGCAGAGGUGGAGAUAAGCGUCGGUGCGGGCGAUGAGGACAUCGAGAGUGAGAGCGAGGCACGCCCGGCGCCCUCCCGGUCGAAGAACUUGGCCUCUGUGAUGGCAGAGUCACAGGCGACUGCCACCACCAGGCCCCGUCCUCCGCCCGUGCGUGUGCCGGACAACCCUUUUGUGGCCAUGCCUGUAGCUGGGUCGUCUCGUGACCCGACAGCGCCCGGGGAGGAGACACACAUUCUGAUUAGUCGCGCGGAGUUCGAGGCCUUGAAGAAGGCGCAAGAAGCGAGCGCGCGCACCGUGGCCCGUCUUGAAGAGGAGCUGAGGUCUGCUAAGGCUGUGCAGGCGCGUGCACCCCCUCGCAGGCCGGACGAGCAUGUCUCGGGGAGCGGUGGUGCUUCUGGUCGGAAGCGGAAGCGUCGGGAAGAACUCGCCGAUGAGGAGACAUCCGACGAGGAGAGCGAGGAUGAGCCACCCACCAAGAGGGGGCAUCUGAGGGUGUCCAAGUCACCGGUCCUGCAGCGGGCGCUGAAUUUUCUGCCCGCAAACAAGUCGUGGAAGCGCGCGUGCGACCUGGUGAAAGAUUACCUCUUCUUUGAGAAGGAGAACGCCCGGAUCACGUUCUAUCCGAGCAGCGACGACAAGACGGUGGGAGUGUGUGCAGUGAUCGAGCGCCUGCCUUUCGAUUUCGCGACACUUGCUCUGGCUGCGGACAAGGCAAGACGGUCGGAUUUGAACAAGGCCCUUAGCGAGUGGAAGUCGGGCGCAGCAGGAAGGACGCGGGACAUCUCGUGUCCACGGAUGGGGCUUUUCCGCGACGAGCGAGAUACGCGCAGCCCAUGGGCCACGAAGAAGGACCGUACUCUGGAGGAGAUACGAUCGCAUUAUGGGCUGCUGCUCGGCGUUGACGAUCCCCUGGCAUUGUCCAAGUUUGGGAACGAUCGGGAGGGGAUGCCGUUCGCCUCUGGCGCAUUCGUGGCAUGCGCGGUUGCGGCAUUCAAGCCGAAGAAGGUGGUCGGGCCACUGACGGUGAAGCUUUACCACCUGGCGUGGCUGGAGCAUGUGGUGACCGACACGCUGGUGAACUGGGAGGCGAGGAAGGGGCGACUGUCGAACUCUGCCUGUGGAAACGCGCAGGUGGUCGAUGGGCUCGUGAUCCUUGCGCGUGAGGCAGUGUCGAACGCGAUCAGAAUCUUCAAGCCUAAGUACGACGUCGCCUCGUGCUCGUGGACCUGGGGGCGCCAUGGCCUUCGACUGUCCUCGUGCGGGCUGGAGGACUUAAUUCCAGCGACUGCCGCUACCCGUGAUGGGGCAGAGGUUCAGGCGGACGAGAUCUCUGGGUCGCUUGGAGGCCCGUAA